AUGGCUCCCAGCACGGCCCCGACCUGGGAAGACUUCGAGCGGGGCAGCUCCUCGCCCCAUCGGAGCGGCAGCCUCUCCUCGGUCGGCGGCCGCAGCGUCCAGUUCCGCGAGGAUGACUCCCUGCUCCGGGCGGCCAACGCCGGCGGCAGCAGCGGCGGCCCGGACGACUCGGACGCCGACGUCGACCCCUACCCGCCCGCGGGCGAGUGGUCCUCGGGGGACCUGCGCCGCCGCCGCCGCCGCUCCUCCGUGACCAACCGCCUCGCGGCCCUCGGCGACAUCGGCGGCGUCAACAGCGUCCGCUCCUUCGCCCGCUCCUGGCAGCGCGCCGCCGGCUUCCCCGAGGUCAUCCCCCAGCGGCCCUCCUUCGUCUUCGCCCCGGACCAGGCGCCGCUCGACCCGGGCCUCCUCGGCGAGGACCACCACCACCACGAGCGGCACGACGUCGAGGCCGGCGCGUUGGGCCCCCGCCAGUCUCUGCUCCGGCAGCACCUCGAGGCCGGCGCCGCCAACUGGGAGCAGGCCGUCCGCGACGAGAGCCCGGACCCCGGCGCCGGAGCCGGAGCCGGCGGCGAGGAGGCGGGCAAAGGCGGCGGCGUCGGCGUCGGCGACGCGCACCUGGCGCGGGCCUUCCGCGCGGGCAGCUCCGGCGCCAGCAGCGGCGGGUACGACCGCCGGUCCAGCUCCAUCUUCGCCGUGCCGCCGCACCUGGCCACCCCGCCGCUCGUGGGCAGCUACGGGUCCUACCGCGGCAGCAUCGGCUACGGGUCCUACCGCGGCAGCAUCGGCGGCGGCGGCGGCGGCUACGGGACCAUCGACUCCCUGGGGGCGGCGGCGGCCGACAUGGAGAGCACCAUGGCGCAGGCCGGCGCCCUGUGGCGCCAGCAGCAGGAGAGCGGCGUCAACGUGCCCGACGGCCAGGUCGAGCCCAUCCUCGUCAAGGAGGUCGAGCAGGACGGCAAGAUCGUGCUGACCGUCGAGGGCCAGUCGACCCUGCCGCAGACCAUUUUCAACUCUGUCAAUGUGCUCAUCGGUGUCGGGCUGCUCAGCCUGCCCAUGGGUAUCAAGUACGCCGGCUGGAUCUGCGGCAUGAUCAUCAUGGCCGGCGCGGCGCUCGUGACGGCCUACACCGCCGGCCUGCUGGCCAAGUGCAUGGACCUGGACCCCAUCGUCAUCACCUUCUCCGACCUGGCGUACAUCUCCUUCGGGCCGCGCGCCCGGGUGGCGACGAGCGUGCUGUUCACCCUCGAGCUGCUGGCCGCCUGCGUGGCCCUCAUCGUGCUGUUCGCAGACUCCCUCGAGCUGCUCUUCCCGGGCUUCCUCAGCGUCACCGGCUGGAAGAUCCUCUGCUCGCUCGCCAUGAUGCCCCUCCAGUUCCUCCCGCUGCGGCUGCUGAGCUUCACCAGCAUCGUUGGGAUCUUGUGCUGCUUUGGCAUUGUGACGAUCCUCGUCAUUGACGGCUUUGUCAAGCAAGAGGCUCCUGGGUCUCUGAUCGAGCCCGCCGUCACCUACCUGUUCCCGGCGAACUGGCUGACACUGCCCCUAUCUUUUGGUCUGCUCAUGUCGCCGUGGGGCGGCCAUAGCGUGUUCCCCAAUAUCUACCGAGACAUGCGCCACCCGCACAGGUACGGACAGGCCGUCAAGGUCACGUUCUCAUGCACCUACCUCCUCGACGCCGUCACCGCCGUCGCCGGCGUGCUCAUGUUCGGCGACGACACGCUCGACGAGAUCACGUCCAACGUGCUCAAGACGUCGGGCUACCCGCGCGCCCUGACCUACCUGCUCUGCGCCCUCAUCGCCGUCAUCCCGCUGACCAAGAUCCCGCUCAACGCGCGGCCCAUCGUCACGACCGCCGAGGUCCUGGCGGGCCUGCACCAGCGGCAGCAGCCCGCCGCGUCCGAGGGCUGGCUCGUCGGGCGGUCCGCCUACUUCCGCGGCGCCGCCAAGGUGGCCAUCCGCGUCGCCGCCGUGCUCGUCUUCCUCGCCAUCUCGAUCCUCUUCCCGGCGUUUGACAGCAUCAUGGCGUUCAUGGGCAGCGCCCUGUGCUUCACCAUCUGCGUGACAGAUCAACUAACCGACAAUCUACCACUCGCUCUUUGCCCCGAGGAUAGCCUCCCCAUCGCCUUCUACCUCAAGCUCUUCAAGGACGAGAUCUCCCCCAGGGAGCGCCUCGGCGCCCUCGCCCUCAUGUCCAUCUCCGUCGUCCUCUCCGUCGUCGGCACCGUCUGGGCUUUCCUGCCCAAGAGCCUCAUCGGCGCCAACUGA